UCUCGUGUUAUAAUCACAAAGAUUAAAUUUUGCAUAAACAUCGGGUCAUAUAUACCCUAUAUAUAUAUAUAUAUAUAUAUAUAUAUAAGCCUUUCGAGUUUUUGUUGUACUUGCAACUUCUCUCUAUCUAUCUCCUUCGACUCUCAAUCUGUCUCUUUCUCUCUCUCUAUCUCUCUACCCCUUUGUCUCUACCGACAUCGAAGGAGCAGGGUCGAAGAUUAAACAACUAUGAACGAGGAGGGAUCUUUCAUGUCGGAGCCAUUCAUCGUUAAGACGAUUGAUGAUGAGGAAGCGACGCUUCAUAAUUAUGAGUUCGAUAAUACUUCACAGGGCAAUACUUCUUUCUCCAAGACUUGUUUCCAUGGCAUUAACGCUUUAUCAGGUGUGGGAAUAUUAUCAGUCCCUUAUGCGUUAGCAUCCGGAGGAUGGCUAAGUUUGAUCAUACUCUUCACAGUAGCCAUCACAACUUUCUAUUGUGCCAUCCUCAUUAAGAGAUGUAUGGACAUAGACCCGCUUCUUAGAUCUUACCCUGACAUUGGCUACAAAGCCUUUGGUAACACAGGACGGAUCGUUGUCUCCAUCUUCAUGAACCUCGAGCUUUACCUAGUGGCGACUAGUUUCUUGAUCUUAGAAGGAGACAAUCUUGAUAAACUCUUCUCAAACGUUGGGUUCAACUUCAUGGGACUUGAAUUCAAAGGCAAGCAAAUGUUCAUCGUCCUUGUAGCUCUCAUUAUUCUUCCAACGGUUUGGUUAGACGAUAUGAGGAUUCUUUCUUAUGUUUCCGCGAGUGGUGUCUUUGCCUCCGGGUUGAUUCUUGCUUCUAUCUUUUGGGUUGGAGCAUUUGAUGGAGUAGGGUUCAAGAACAAUGACUCAGAGACCUUUCGUCUUAAUGGAGUCGCUACUUCCGUGAGCUUAUACGCGUUUUGUUACUGCGCUCACCCGGUUUUCCCAACUCUAUACACUUCCAUGAAAAACAAACGCCAAUUCUCAAACGUUAUGGUUAUAUGUUUUACAAUAUGCACAUUCAUAUAUGCAUCGGUGGCGAUAUUGGGUUACUUAAUGUAUGGAUCCAAUGUAGAAUCACAAAUCACAUUGAAUCUUCCGACAGAUAAGGUUAGUUCAAAAGUGGCGAUAUGCACUACAUUGGUGAACCCCAUUGCUAAGUUUGCCCUCAUGGUUACACCUAUUAUCGACGCAAUGAGAAGCCGGUUUUCCCGGUUUUUGCCUCACAAAAAAUCCUCUGGUUUAGUUUUGAGUACGAUGUUGGUUGUUAGCAAUGUGAUUGUGGCGUUGCUUCUUCCGUUUUUCGGUGAUCUCAUGAGUUUGGUCGGAGCAUUCUUGAGCGCAACCGCAUCGGUUAUAUUACCAUGUUUGUGUUACCUAAAGAUCUCUGGCAAAUACGGAAGACUCGGGUUUGAAACAAUGGUGCUUAUCGGUAUCAUACUCAUCGGUAUCGUGGUUGUGAUAACCGGAACUUACCAAGCGGUUAAAGACAUUUUUGGCAGGUUACGUCUGGUCUAGUUAAAGUUUAGGACCAAUAUAUGUAAUACGAAUACAAUAUUAUUUUAUUUAUUUAUCCGAGUUUCCGGUUAGAUUUGUAUUACACACUAAUCAAGUCUUUGAUUCGAGCUUUAUCCUCGGUAUUUAAAGGUUUAUCAGUGUACUCAGACAAAAUCGCUCGAAAUUCGUCUCCGGUUAAG